AGACGUCGUUACGUGACACUACCCAUCAACCAUCCUGAUGCUGUAUCACAUCUCGCUCGACUCAAGCAGGCAGGAGCGAGCAGAGACCAACAAAGCGGUGCGCCUCAAUCCUCAAGCUCUACACCGAAUACCGCGCCCCCGUCAAAUGGCGCUCCUAUCACCACAUCUGCUUCCUCGCUCCCAGCACCCGUCCGAGCCGGUCCUCGCAAGAAGCGUGGAGGAGGUUUGGCGGCACUAGCUUCUCGUGCAGGGAACAGUGCCCCUUCCAAAAUGACGACUUUGGAGAAGAGCAAAAUGGACUGGGACUCCUUCAAGGGUGUUGCAGCGUCGGGCGCGUCGGGCCGGUCUGAGAACGCUGAGGGUCUGACAGAAGCGGAAGUGGCAGAGAUGGAAGCUCAAACAAGGGGCGGUGCGAGCGGCUUGGGCAACAUCAAGGGAUAUUUGGAAAGGCGGGACUUCUUGGAUCGGGUCAGCGCAAGGACGGAAGCUGCUGAGCAGGGUGCAAAAGGGGACGCUAGUGGUAGGCGACGAUGAUACCAUGGCGUUACUCCCGUGGCACCAACUCUCGAGCCCAGACAUGUGCGUCGGCUCUGCUGUAUCAUCGUGCAAUGCCAUGCAUUGUGCUUUGUGUUGUCCAACUUUUUACCACUUCAGGUGCAACGCUUAGCCAGCCCGGGUUCGUCUGCCUCGCAACGCCAGGUGGAUCCCAACCGACGCUCGACAUUCGUGUCUCUUCAUUGUGACUGGUGGGAGGCGGAUUCAGCGAGCGACUGCCCGGCCGGCGCGCGGUACCUUCAGCGAGAAGAUUCGCGCGUUGACUCCAGACUCACUACUACUACUACUACUGACGACUGGAUGCUCGCUCGCAAAGGGCGCAACUUGCUCCUCGUCUUGCUUUCUUGUCACGAGGCAGUCUGUGAGUGACCGAGACUUCGCGCGCGGCCCU